AUGCGUAGUCCAACAAUAUGUGGCCCGCAGCCGCCAAAGGAAAUUAAGGUUCCGUACUGCGUGGUUACUGAUAACCUGUUAGGCUAUAGUUUUAACUCCCAUCCGUCAGGAUUAGUCAAAGACUCACGCCUUUUGACUUGGAUUCUUUCCGUACUAUUAUUGAUUAUGGCCGCAGCAGAUAUGUUGGCGCGGGUGCUUACUGAUUUAAAGUGUGAUAAUUUUGAAUCUGUUCGUAAAAUGCAAAAAGAACUUUUAGAAAGUGUUUAUUCUCGAGCAUUUUUGUUGUCUGGGGAUAUUUAUCCCUUGGUUGGUAAAAGUCUUCAUCGGAAUUUAUGUCCAGAUAUAUACCUUCCAUCUGAGGCGAGGUGUGAAGAUAAAGGAAUUAUUGCUUUAAGAUCCAAUCCAUCAGGAGACUGUCUAUACAGCUCAGCAUCGUUGGUAUAGGUAUAGGUGAUAAUUCUCUUGUUGAUGUUUUGAGAAUCUUGACAUCCAUAGAACUUUUCUUGCAUCCUUCCUUUUAUUCCAAUCAUACUUGUUUUCAAUUUGCUUUUAAAAACCAAAAGGCAAAUAUUUUUAUAUCUGAGAAAAGUUUAUUCAGAUUUUCCCUUUCCCAUAUUGUUUGUGAUAUGACUCUUUCUCUUGAGGAGGCAGUUAAAGCAGAAGCAAUCAACAACUGUAGCCCCAAGACAUGGUUUCCUUUUCUAUCAAUACUUGCCUUGUCAACAGUAAUAAAGAGAAAAAUUACCACAUUUUACCCACAAUUCGGUUUGUUACAGUUUGUUACAACUUUCUUUACACAGUGUAUAUCGCCACACCCAUCUAUUUUACCUGAUGAAGAUCAGUUAAAAAUUUUAUUUUGUUAUGAAGAUAUUGUUGUAGGUGUAGUCUGGUGUAGACUUCAAGCCAAAUCAUUACGUUCCCCUUUUUCCAGGUUGCAACUUUCUUAACUGAAAGUUGCAUUUUCCUAUUUCAGCAUGCAAAAAGCAGUAAAAAGCCCUUCUUAAUUCUUCUUUUAAAGUUCAAACGAAACUUGAGUUUAGCCCUAUAAAUAAACAAAUAUAUCUGAACAAAUACAUGGGUUGAGGUGUGUUUGUAUCAUAUCACAUGUAUGUAUAUUUCAUUUUCAUUAUCCUGAUCUUUUCAUAUUCUUAUUGUUUUUGUUAUUAUUGUGUUUUAUUUUGCUGUCCAUGGCUGGUGUGAUCAUUUGAUUCACCUAGUCAUGCUGAUGAAGCCUGAUAUUGGCAGAAACAGCAGGAGUUUAUAAAUAAUGAAAUAUAUUCACAAUUGUCUCACUUUAUUGUAGUUAAUCCCUGUUAAUUUUAGUGGUUUUAUCUAUUUAAAAUAAGACGUGUAGGGCGGAGAUUUGAUUCUUAUAAAAGAUGUUCUUAGGAGAUUUUGUUAUAGCUUAGCGUUUCUUUUGGUCAAUUUUAUUAAUAACUAGAUAAAUCGGAAGACAAUUUUUCGGCGAUUUUUGUACCCGCAAAGCUUAAAAUUUAGCCCCCAGCUGCUAAAUUCAAGACUCAGUCUUGACUAAGUCUUGAAAAAGUCUGGAUCCGCCCCUGAACAUCUAUCUAAAUAUCAAUUUAUUUUGAUAUUUUAACGUCAGCCGGUGCAACGUUUACAUUAUGCAUGCCUCAAAGCUGCAAUAAAAUUAUAAGUCAGAAAACGGCAAAUUGAACAAAAAAAAUUGGUAUAUAGAUUGUAAAAAACGUAAUGUAAACUUAAAGAUUGUAUUUUUCUCCACUUCUGUCAAUUUCCCCCUGCCAUAUUUAAAUGGUUAAUCACUUAAAAAUAUUUUAAAUUUAACCUGAUCUUGACAAAAAAUACUAUUGCUAUAUAUGAGUGACAUUUAGUUGUUUUGAAGUGGGAGGUAAGCUUUAAAAAGAGAAGUUAAUAGUUAGACAAACAAAUUCUAGUUGCUUUUCUAUCUGAAAUCAGUAAAGUUAGAAGUUAAUUUGCCUAUGUUGUACUCCAUUUUUGCCUCUUAGUAUGCACACACAAAUUCCAUAGCUAGCU